CGACUAGUAUAUCUCUGAUCGUUAUCCUUGAUGAUGAGCUAAAGGUUAGCCCACGAUAUCACAGAACAAAAAGCGCUGCUGUCAAUUGAAUAUUCGCACGCCUCUCUGGCAGGCAGACCGUGCUUCGAUCUUAGUUUUUUUCUCUCGUUGUACUGAGAACCUGCCAUUGUAGUGCACGGACCUCAUGUUCUCCGUCGCCAGUGCCGCCGACGCUCUUCUCGGUGUGCGCGUCGCGUCGCCCACCGUCGUCCUCAUCGCCACUCUCUCCCUCAUUUCCUCAAAGCGCAUCUGUCCACCUUCUCCUAGUCCAAUAACGCCCGUUAUCGUAACAUCACGUAUUCCCCGCAGAACUCUCAUCCUUGCCCUACUCAGUCUCACCGCAUUCACCUUUCUCGCAGACGGUCUUGCAUACGUGGUCGAUGUUGUCUUGAAUAAAGUCUGGCCCCAGGCCACUGGCAUCGAGAUUGCAAGCUUGCUGGGUUUGCUGGCCUAUGCUGGUUUGGCAGCUCUUGGCGCGUGGAAGGACGCGAAUGACGCCGAGAUCUGGAAUCGCAGACGCGUCAGGGCUGCAAUUGCUGUCGCUCUCGCUCUCGAUAUCGUCCAGGUCGUCUUCGUAGCCCUAUCCUUCAAGGGGACAGACCCACAUCACAUAUGCACGUCACCCCUCCGGUCGUGCAUACCCAAUAUUCUCCAUGGUGUCCUGCCUCUCGCACGUGUUCUCGUGCUCUUACCUCUCCUACUCACUUUCUUCUUCCCCCGCGUCAUAUACCUGUCCGUAUCAAACGGUUACACAGCAGAGGCAGAUGAGACCGCACCUCUCAUAUCGGAGCGUGACUCCUGCGUGCCUCAUGAUUCUCUACUUUUGCAACCAGAAGAUAACGACAACGACCCUGACGGUCCGAGCACUGCGAAAUACGGCACCUUCACAUCCAGAAGCGGUCCUACAACCCGCAGCCGCGUCCCCAGUUCCAGGCGUGCGAGAAUCAAAGAAGGUGAGGCUCCUUGCAUCCGUAACAGGCACAAUCUAACUCAUUCCCAGACAACCCCGCACGAAGUGGUCGUUGAUCCUUCCUGGCGUGAACUAUUCAUUCGUAUAUCUCACCUUACGCCUCAUCUCUGGCCUUCCCGCUAUCCAAAGUUGCAAUUCGUCGCUUUCAUCUGUCUGCUCAUCCUCGUUCUCGGACGCAUCGUCAAUGCAUUGCUCCCACUCACCCUCGGUGCGCUCAUCAGCACAUUCGACACCCCUGGCGCCGCUCCCUUGCCUGCAUUCGGUUCCAGCCCGUGGCCAUACCUCAUCUCAUACGUCCUCCUCCGCUUCCUCUCCUCCUCUGGCGGUCUCGCAGCCAUCCGCGACGCACUCUGGAUCCCACUGAUGCAAUACUCGGACAGAAGCAUGAGCAUGCUCUCAUUCAACCACAUUCUCGCUCUCUCCCUCAGCUGGCACACCAAACGCAAGACCGGUGAAUUACUCCGCAUUCUCGACCGAGGAAGCGCAGUGAACCGCGUUGGCGAGCUUGUUGGGUUCACUGUAUUGCCUGCACUCGUGGAUGUGGUCGUUGCGCUGGUUGUGUUUGUCGUGAGGUUUGAGCCUGCGCUGGGUGUUGUGGUUGGGGUUGUGAUGGUUACUUAUAUGUGGGCAAGCGUGGUGUUGACGAGGUAUCGGACGAGGAUACGGAGGCAAAUGAACGAACGGGAUGUGGUCACUCGCGGGAUUCACACCGACUGUCUCCUUAAUUACGAGACGGUUAAGUAUUUCGGCGGUGAAGAGUACGAGGCUCAGAGAUAUACUAACGCGAUCGGAGAAUAUCAAACUUUGGAGAAGAGAGUCGUUCUUUCUCUUAACCUCUUGAACCUUGUGCAAACUCUGAUCAUAACCUUGGGUCUCUUGGCUGGUUCUUUGAUCGUUGCGCUGCGCAUCACGAGGGGCCAGAGCAAUACGAGUGAUUUUGUUGUGUUCAUCACUUAUUACGCGCAGCUCUAUUUCCCACUCUCGAAUCUCGGUGGCGUAUACCGUGCUAUCAACCAAAGUCUUAUCGACACUGAGAAACUCCUCAACCUCCUUGCUGAGCCUACCGAAGUUGUCGAUGCACCCGAUGCAAAGGAACUUGUAGUCGAAAAUGGCGAAGUCGAGUUCGAAAACGUCUCCUUCUCGUACGACGACCAAACCACCGCACUGCACAACAUCUCCUUCAAAGUCCCCCGCGGAGGCCGCGUAGCCCUCGUCGGCGAAAGCGGCGCAGGCAAAAGCACCAUCCUCCGCCUCCUCUACCGAUUCUACGAUCUCCAACCAGGUAACGGCCGUAUCCUAAUCGACGGACAAGAUAUCCGCACGGUUACGCUCUCAAGCCUGCGUCGUGCAAUCGGCGUAGUACCCCAAGACCCCAUCCUCUUCAACGCCACUAUCGGUUACAACAUCGCCUAUGGCCAACCCUCCAUCCACCCACCCCCCGAAAACACCAUCAUCACCUGUGCGCAAGCUGCGCAGAUGCAUGAGCGGAUCAUGAGUUUCCCCGAGGGGUAUGAGACGAAAGUUGGGGAGAGGGGUGUUAGGUUGAGUGGGGGCGAGAAGCAAAGGGUGGCGAUUGCUAGGACUAUGGUGAAGAACCCGAGGGUGUUGCUUCUGGAUGAGGCGACUAGUGCGUUGGAUAGUGCGACUGAACGUGGGGUGCUGGAGGGUGCGCUUGGGAAACUUGUUGAUGGGAGGAGUUGUUUGAGUAUUGCGCAUCGGUUGAGUACGAUUAAGGGGGCUGAUUUGAUUAUGGUUCUCAAAGACGGACGUAUCGUCGAACAGGGCUCACAUAAAGAGCUUGUCGGACUCAACAGCCUUUUCGCAUCCAUGUGGGCAGACCAAAUCAGCGCAUCCGAAGAUCCCAAACCCACAGCAGGCUACGAUGCCGGUGUCGGUACCGAUGACGAUGCACCUGUCGUCGACAUCCCCGAGUCCGAAACACUUAGCAUGGCAGUAGUCGAAGAUCGCAUUGCCGUCGACUCUCCGCAGGUCGUAGCAGCGUCCCUGGAAUCCAAAGCAGACUCCCCUGCACCUGUAGCAUUCCCCAUCUCAGACGACGCACCUUGCGCUUCCUAUUCAGCUUCAGCAUCUACUUCCGACACGCCUUCUGUCCAGAGCCACAGCCAUCCCGAGCGGUCAGCUGUUCCUAUACAUGUCCAAGGCGCGAGCGUUACCUUCGAUGCGGGUGUAGCUACGCCCCCUCGCACCGGCACGCCUGAACCUGGAUCAUCUGGGAGUGGAAGGAGAGGACUCUCGACGCAGAAUAUCCAAAGACUUGCGAGGAAGAUGAGUUUGAGCGGAAAGGCUCCGAAAUUGCCUAGUCUUCCUGGGGUGUUGAGGCGGGAAACGAGCGUGGUGAGCAGUUCUGCGCCUGUUACUGCUAGUGGGAGCGCGAGGGAGAGUGUGGAUGAGGGGCAUCAGGAGGUUUCAAAGAAGGACGAGAAGAAGAAGAAGAGGAAGAGUUUUAUUUAG